AGUUUUUCGAGCGCCCACUAGCCUUUUUCAGGAAGAAGCCUCUCCAUCUUUCUUUCUUUCUUUCUUUCUUUCUUUCUUUCCUGAUCUGGAGCAAUGGCAACGGAAGAGGAAGCACGAGAAGCAACAGAUGGGAAGGAAGUCCAAGUGGAAGCUGUGGAUUUAGGAACAGUCCAAAUGCUAAUGCACCCAGAAGGCAAGCUUUCAUCUACUAUGGAGAUCAAGAGCAUGGGAGAAAUCUUCGAUUCAACUGAAGGAACGUUGAAGAUUCCAGAGGAUCAAGUUUUAGUAGAAGUACCCUCUGAAGUCAAACUUCCUACAGAACAUAACCUAAACGGCACAACAUCUUCUCUGAAUGGCCAUAUGGACAAAGAAGAGAAGGUUUCAAAUGAGCAGUUGCAUGACAAUAAUCAGGAAGAAGCAGAACUAGACGAGACAAGUACCGAUCAGAACAACAGAAUCAACAAAGAAGAGGUGACUGAUUGUGUAAGCCAUGGAGAGAGCACAACAGAAGAUAGCUGUCUUUUGAAGCAUCAGAAAGAAGAGCCGAAGGGAGAAGGUCGACAAGAUUUAGAAGGUGUUACAGUAGACGACGACAAGGUGCAGGAAGACACACUGAAAACUGAAAAUGCUGUUGAGCGUAUAGUUGAUGGACAGCAAGACCAGAAUCUGGAACCAGCAAAAGCAACCGAGGACAUACAACCUGCAAGCAUGGCAAACACUCCCGAUGUUGUGGUUGUAGCUGAAGCACCUGCUGGAGUCCAAACUCCUGUGGAGCCCAAUCUGGAUGAUUCUGAUGCCAUUCCAGAUGAUAUUGAUGGAAACACAGAAAUAGAUGAACCAGCUAAAGAAGAUGGUUUCAUUCAUCUUGACCAUAAAGAGAGCAUUCCAGAAGAUACAUCUAUUGCAGAAUAUACAGAUGAGGCGGUCAAAGUAGAAUAUCAGCUGAGUAAGCAAGGUGAUGUUAUGGAUGCAGAAGUGGUGCAGGAAGAGAUACCUAAAUGCGAGGAAACUGAUGUGCAGGAAGAGAUGCCUAAACCUGAACAUGCUGAUGAGUCAACGACAGCUGCUCAAGAAAUGCUGAAUCAAGAAUCUGCUGAAGAAACUAAUGGUCUGGUGAAUGAAAAAACUGUAGCAACUGCCCACCAGAGCAACAUAGCAGCAAGUGAACCGCAGGUGGCUGAAAUAGCAGAAGAACUGAAGGACAUUGAAACCAUUGAAACUCAAGAAAUCAUCCAACAGGGCCAUGUUACUCCUUCCAAAGAACCUUCAGCAGAAGAUGAUUCAACAGCAAGUGAGCCUAAUUAUGUCAUCCAGCAAACCCUUGAACAAGAUCCGGUUGAAGUUAAGGACACUGAAACUCACCAUGGAAGAACUAUUUCUGCUUCCGAGGACACAGUGGAAGAUAACGUAACAGCAGAAGGACCAACCUAUGAUAUUGAAGAAGUAGAAAAUGUAGAAUCAACAGAAGAAAUCAAAGAAAACAUAACUGAGAAUAUUGCAGAAGUCUCUAAUGUGGCGAUUGUUUAUGAGGUAGAUGAAGAAAAGAAUGUGCUAAGAGCUGAGGAUAUUUCUGAAAAGCAUAUGCGGGGGCUAGAACCAGAAGAAACAAAAAACACAGAACCUGUUGAAACAGAGGAAGUUUCUGAUCAAAGACAAGCUGCUCUAUUAAAUGAUUCAGCUCAAAAACAUAAUACACCACCAAGUGAGAAGCAGCAGAUGGAGUCAGCAAUAGAAAUGAAGGAAACUGAAGCCACUAAAACUGAAGCAAUUCCCCAGGAAAGCAAUGCCUGUGUUUUUGAGGAGCCUUCUACAGAAGACUAUAUAACUGAAAGUGAAACAAAUUGUGACACUCAAGAAGUAAGCAUCACAGAAUCUUCAGAAGUGAUUGAGGGUGACAAAGAUAUCAAAACUGGAGAAAUCUCUGACCAAAGCAUCAUAGUUUUUGCCGAGGAGUCAGCUCAAGAAAACAAUGCCCCUGAAAACGAGCCAACUGCUGAUAUACAGCUGGUGCAAGAGCCGGAAUCAGAAGACCUGAAGAACACCAAGCUUGUUGAAGUUAACAAAACAUCCCAUGAAAUGAAUGCUACUGUCUUUCAGACGCCAACUCAAGAAGAUAAUCCAACCACAAUCGAGUUGCAUGCGAUGGAAUCAGCAGGAGAAGUGAGCAACACUGAAGCCACAGAAGCAGAAGGAACCCCCCACCAAAGCAAUGCUGAUCAAUCAGAGGAGCGAUCAACAGAAGAAAAUAAUACAGCAAGUGAGCCACAAAUACUGGAACCAGAAUCAGUUGAAGAAACAAAUGACAUUGAAGCCACCGAACCUCAAAGUAUCUCCCAGCAAAGCAUUAUCUCUACCUCUGAGGAGUCUGUCCCUGAAGAAACAACGACAGAAGAUAACAGAACCACUGAACCAGAUGUUGAUCACCAACUCCAGGAUCAAGAAUCAGCCCAAUUCAUGGAAAUUGAAGCGUUAGCUGAUCAUGCAGUUCAAGAUAAGAUACAACCAAGUGAGCCAACAGCAGAUAUACAACCAGUACAGGAGUUGGAACAAACUGAAACAAAGAGCACUGGAACUUGUGAAAUGGAUGAAGCUUCUGAUCAAACUCAUGCUGUUGUCUUCAAUGACCUAGCUCAGGUAGAUGGUAUAGCAGCAAGUGAACCACAGGUGACUGAAAUAGCAAAAGAACAGAAGGACAUUGAAGCCACUGAAACUCAAGAAAUCACCCAACACGGCCAUGUUACUCCUUCCAAGGAAGUACCAGCAGAAGAUGCAGUUAAGGACACUGAAACUCCCCGUGAAAAAACUAUUUGUACUUCCGAGGAGGAUACAGUGGAAGAUAAUGUAACAGCAGAAGGACUAACCUGUGAUAGUCACAAAGUAGAUAAUGUAGAAUCAACAGAAGAAACCAAGGAAAACAUAGCUGAGAGUAUUGCAGAAGUCUCUAAUGUGGCGAUUGUUGACACUCAAGAAGUAAACAUCACAGAAUCUUCAGAAGUGAUUGAGGGUGACAAAGAUAUCAAAACUGGAGAAAUCUCUGACCAAAGCAUCAUAGUUCUUGAUGGGGAGUCAGCUCAAGAAAACAAUGUACCUGAAAGCGAGCCAACUGCUGAUAUACAGCUGGUGCAAAAGCCGGAAUCAGAAGACCUGAAGAACACCAAACUUGUUGAAGUUAACAAAACAUCCCAUGAAAUGAAUGCUACUGUCUUUCAGACGCCAACUCAAGAAGAUAAUCCAACCACAAUCGAGUUGCAUGCGAUGGAAUCAGCAGGAGAAGUGAGCAACACUGAAGCCACAGAAGCAGAAGGAACCCCCCACCAAAGCAAUGCUGAUCAAUCAGAGGAGCGAUCAACAGAAGAAAAUAAUACAGCAAGUGAGCCACAAAUACUGGAACCAGAAUCAGUUGAAGAAACAAAUGACAUUGAAGCCACCGAACCUCAAAGUAUCUCCCAGCAAAGCAUUAUCUCUACCUCUGAGGAGUCUGUCCCUGAAGAAACAGCGACAGAAGAUAACAGAACCACUGAACCAGAUGUUGAUCACCAACUCCAGGAUCAAGAAUCAGCCCAAUUCAUGGAAAUUGAACUGUUAGCUGAUCAUGCAGUUCAAGAUAAGAUACAACCAAGUGAGCCAACAGCAGAUAUACAACCAGUACAGGAGUUGGAACAAACUGAAACAAAGAGCACUGGAACUUGUGAAAUGGAUGAAGCUUCUGAUCAAACUCAUGCUGUUGUCUUCAAUGACCUAGCUCAGGAAGAUGGUAUAGCAGCAAGUGAACCACAGGUGACUGAAAUAGCAAAAGAACAGAAGGACAUUGAAGCCACUGAAACUCAAGAAAUCACCCAACACGGCCAUGUUACUCCUUCCAAGGAACUACCAGCAGAAGAUGCAGUUAAGGACACUGAAACUCCCCAUGAAAAAACUAUUUGUACUUCCGAGGAGGAUACAGUGGAAGAUAAUGUAACAGCAGAAGGACCAACCUGUGAUAGUCACAAAGUAGAUAAUGUAGAAUCAACAGAAGAAACCAAGGAAAACAUAGCUGAGAGUAUUGCAGAAGUCUCUAAUGUGGUGAUUGUUGACACUCAAGAAGUAAACAUCACAGAAUCUUCAGAAGUGAUUGAGGGUGACAAAGAUAUCAAAACUGGAGAAAUCUCUGACCAAAGCAUCAUAGUUCUUGCUGGGGAGUCAGCUCAAGAAAACAAUGUCCCUGAAAGCGAGCCAACUGUUGAUAUACAGCUGGUGCAAAAGCCAGAAUCAGAAGACCUGAAGAACACCAAACUUGUUGAAGUUAACAAAACAUCCCAUGAAAUGAAUGCUACUGUCUUUCAGACGCCAACUCAAGAAGAUAAUCCAACCACAAUCGAGUUGCAUGCGAUGGAAUCAGCAGAAGUGAGCAACACUGAAGCCACAGAAGCAGAAGGAACCCCCCACCAAAGCAAUGCUGAUCAAUCAGAGGAGCGAUCAACAGAAGAAAAUAAUACAGCAAGUGAGCCACAAAUACUGGAACCAGAAUCAGUCGAAGAAACGAAUGACAUUGAAGCCACCAAACCUCAAAGUAUAUCCCAACAAAGCAUUAUCUCUACCUUUAAAAAGUCUGUCCCAGAAGAAAUAGCAACAGAAAAUAACAUAACCACUGAACCAGAAGUUGAUCACCAACUCCGGGAUCAAGAAUCAGCCCAAUUCAUGGAAAUUGAAGCUUUAGCUGAACAUGCAGUUCAAGAUAAGAUACAACCAAGUGAGCCAACAGCAGAUAUACAACCAGUACAGGAGUUGGAACAAACUGAAACAAAAAGCACUCAAUCUUGUGAAAUGGAUGAAUCUUCUGAUCAAACUCAUGCUGUUGUCUUCAAUGACCUAGCUCAGGAAGAUGGUAUAGCAGCAAGUGAACCACAGGUGACUCAAAUAGCAGAAGAACAGAAGGACAUUGAAGCCACUGAAACUCAAGAAAUCACCCAACACGGCCAUGUUACUCCUUCCAAGGAAGUACCAGCAGAAGAUGCAGUUAAGGACACUGAAACUCCCCGUGAAAAAACUAUUUGUACUUCCGAGGAGGAUACAGUGGAAGAUAAUGUAACAGCAGAAGGACUAACCUGUGAUAGUCACAAAGUAGAUAAUGUAGAAUCAACAGAAGAAACCAAGGAAAACAUAGCUGAGAGUAUUGCAGAAGUCUCUAAUGUGGCGAUUGUUGACAAGGCAAAUGAAGAAAAGAAUGUUCUAAGAGCAGAGGAUAUUUCUGAAAAGCAUACACGGGGGAUAGAACCAGAAGAAACAAAGAACACAGAACCUGUUGAAACAGAGGAAGAUUCUGACCGAAGACAUGCUGCUCUAUUUGAUGAUUCAGCUCAAGAAGAUAAUACACCAGCAAGUGAGAAGCAGCAUAUGGAGUCAGCACUAGAAAUAAAGGAAAUUGAAGCCAGUAAAAUGGAAGCAAUUCCCCAGGAAACCAAUGCCUGUGUUUCUGAGGAACCUUCUCCAGAAGAUAAUAUAACAGAAAGUGAGACAACUUGUGACACUCAAGAAGUAAACAUCACAGAAUCUUCAAAAGCAAUUGGGGGCGACAAAGAUACCGAAACUGAAGAAGUCUCUGACCAAAGCAACAUGGAUUUUGCUGGGGAGUCAACUCAAGAAAACAAUGUCCCCAAAAGUGAGCCAACUGCUGAUAUAGAGUCAGUGCAGGAGGCAGAAUCAGAAGAAAUGAAGAACACCGAACUUGUGGAAGGGAACGAAACAUCCCAUGAAAUGAAUGCUGCUGUCUUUCAGAAGCCAACUCAAGAAGAUAAUCCAACAACAAGCGAGUUGCAUGUGACGGAAUCAGCAGGAGAGGUGAACAACAUUGAAGCCACUGAAGCGCAAGCAACCCCCCACCAAAGCAACAGUGAUCAAUCAGAGGAGCAAGCAACAGAAGAAAAUAAAACAGCAAGUGAAACACAAAUACUGGAAGCAGAAUCAGUCAAAGAAAUGAAUGACACUGAAGCUUCCGAACCUCAAAGUAUCUCCCAGCAAAGCAUUAUCACUACCUCUGAGAAGUCUGUCUCAGAAGAAAUAGCAAAAGAAGAUACCGUAACCAUUGAACCAAAUGUUGACCAUCCACAAAUCCAGGAUCAAGAAUCAGCCGAAUUCAAGGAAAUCGAAGCUCCUCUUGGAGCUAAUAAACCUCAAGGAAUUACCUCAUCUUGUAUUGUUUCUACUUCUGAGGAGUCCACUUCAGAAGAUAAUGCAACAGCAACAGAAACAAGUUCUGACACCCAAGCAGAGAAUUUACAGUCAUCAGAAGUAACUGAGGACACUGAAAAUGCGAAAAUUGCUGAGGAGGUAGCUCCAGAAGAACAUGUAGAAACAGAGGACACUGCUGAUAUAUCACCAGUGCAGGAGCCAGAGGAAGAGACCAAGGACACUGAACCAGUUGGAACAGAGGAUAAUAUGACAUCACGUGACCUGCCAGCAGAAGAGAUGGUCAUGGAAACUAUGGAGACUGAAGCAAUCCCUCAUGAGAGUCCUGUUGCAAGCAUAAAAGAACUCACUGAAUAUGAUAUUUUAACAGCAAAUGCCCCACAUGUUGAUAUUCAACCAGUUCUGGAGCUAGAAUCAGUUGAAGCCGCGAAGUGCACUGACACCACAGAACAUCCAGGAGAGCUCCAAAAAAUCAUUGGUUCUGCUUCUGACAAGCUUACUCCAACAGAAGAAAAGAUAACAGUAACGGAGUCAGCUUUUGACACACAACAAGUGCAAAAUCUGACAUCUCAAGAAAUCAAGGAUAGUGAAGAUGCCAAAACUGAUGAAAUCUCAGAUCUCAGUAGCUUUCCUACUCUUGAAGAGGCAGAUCAAGAAAGUAAUGUACCAAGAAUUGAGCCAACUUCUGAUGUCCAACAAGUGCAAGAACUAGAUCCAAAAGAAGAAACCAGGGGCAUUGAAGCCGUGGAAACUGAAGAUCACCAGCAAUACAGAGUUUCUACCCUUGAGGAGCCAGCAGUAGACAGUGAGCCAAAUGUUGAUGAUCAGCAGAUGCACGAGGACAAACCAGCAGAAGUCAAAGACAAUGAAGCAAUGGAAGCUGAAGAGGCCAUCAAGCAAAGUAAUAUUAGCACUCCUGAUAAUGCAGCUGAAGAAAGGAGUGAACUGGGAAGUGACUUAGAAUUUUAUGUCCAACCAGCACAGCAGGUAGAAUUAUCCAGAGACAGUGAGGACAGUGAGCUUGUAAAGGCAGAAGAAACCUCAGGUCAAAGCAACAUCGCCGCUCUUGAAGAAACAACUACAGAAGACAGUGUUGUGAUCGAAAUUAACCCACCUGUUGAUAUUAAACAAGAGCAUGAACAAGAAUCAGUGGAAGAAAUCAAGUGUAUUGAUGCCACUGAAGCUAAAGAAGACUUUCAUACAAGCCAAGCUGAUGCAAUAGAGAAACUAGCUUCAGAAAGUAAUAUAGCAACAAUAGAGCCGAGUUAUGAUAUUCAGCUAGUGAAUGACUUGGAAAGAAAUAAAGAAAUGAAGGGCAUUCAAGCCAUGGAUGAUGGAGAACAAACAGAUAUUGCUACUUUGGAGGACCCAUCUACAACAGAUAAUGGAACAAAACCAGAAGAGCAUCCUGUAGAGUUGAAUGAACAUAACAUGGGAAAUGAAACUGACAAUGAAAUGUUGGUGCAUGGAAUCAAAGAUGAAAUACAGACAUCAACGGAACUAAAGGACACUGAAUGUGAUUUGGGUGAAACUGUUUUAACACCUCUGAAAAGUGAGAAUACGACCGAUAAAGAUGAUGUUCAAAGUUCCAGUGAUGAUACACUAGAGACACCAAAAGAUAUCCAUCAAGUCAAAGAAGAGCAAAAAGCUGGAACUGAACAUAAUUCAAGCCAAAUGUCACAGCAUGGAGAGAACAUAACUCAUGUUCAAGAUAGAGAUAUCAAAGGGGAAUUUCUCACACAAAAAGGCACUGCAGAAGCAUCACAAGCUUUAUUUGAAAGUGAUCCCCAGGUAGCACAAGAAGUUACAGAAAAAGAUGAUACAAUAAAAGGUGAUGAGCAAACCAAUGAUCAUGAUAACAGGCAACUUGGUGUAGUACUUCAACUGCAAAGUUGUGAGACAGAUGCUUUAUCCAUUGUGAAACAAGAUGAGGCUGCACAAAAGGUUGACUUGGAUCAACAGCAGAAAGAAGAUGAGAUUGAAAGCCAGAAGGAAGAACUUCAGGUAGAUGAACAGAAACAUGAAGAGAAGACAGAUGAUUUCGCCACGGAGCCACUUGUCGAGCCCCAGAAUAUUGAAAAUGGCACCACAAACAGGACAGAAGAUACUGAUGCAUUUAAGGCUGAACAAACAGAGGCAGACAUUACUGAAAUUCUCAGGCACGAACAAGCCCCACAUAUAUCCGAGGAAUCCACCCCAAGCAUUACAUAUAUGAAGGUUGAAAAUGUUAAGGGAACAGAUGAAGGAGCUGAAGAAGAUGCUGAUGCUAAAAAUGAUAGCAAAGAUGAGCAGCAGAAUGCAGAAAAGGACAAGGUAGUAGCAAAAGAUUCUACUGAUGAAAAGGACGAAACAACUGAUGAAAAUACAAAUGACGAGCUUGAACCUGGUUUGGCAUCAUCUGUUCAAGAAAUAUCUGACCCAGCUCCUUCAAAUGAUGAAAUACUAAAGAAGGAUCAUAUAGCUGUUCCUCAGAAUGUUGAAUCCGGAGUGCACAGAGAGGAUAAAGAAUGCACUAACAAGGUUAAUGAUGAUGUGCACGCUAUUCAAACAUCAGAUAAAGAGAUCAUAGAUGAAGUUGAAGAAAAUAAAGAAAUGCAAAAUGAAGACAAUGAUGUUCAUCAUGAUGAAUCUCAGACCAAACCUGAAGAGAAAGAGUCGCCUCAACUGCGUUUCAAUCAACCAUACAACACGGAUACUAAAAUUGAUAAUACAACAACUCCCUGGGAAGAAAUAAUCCAUGACAAUACAAGUAUACAGCCCAGAGAAAUUGAAGAGAUAGGAGAAAACAAGGGAAUCGAUUCCAUUUCCACACCUUUUGUAGAAACAUCCAUACAGAACAAUGUUGAGCAGGACUUAAGCAGUCAUCAAAAGCUUGAAGAUGAAAAGCUUUCAACAACAGAGCAAAAUGCUGUAGACAUUGAAGCUAUGGAAGAAAAGGUUGAUGAAUCUGCCUCAGAUACAAAUCAAACCAGGCAAUGCAAGGAAGAUAUUAAUGCAGAUGAUGUUCUGCAGCUUGAAACAGAAGAAAAUGCAUUUGACAAGAUUGAUGAAACUGCUUUGAAUAAGAAAACAGAGACAAGCAAUACAACAUCCACUGAAGCGGUAAAAAUCAAUGAAGAUAUCACUGAUAAGGCUAGCGGAGCUGAUGGAGCACUGUCUGAUGAAAGUCUCAAGACCUUUAACGACACUGGAAGGGAUCUUGAUGUUUCAUCUGUAAUUACAGCAUCAAAGGAAGAAAGUAUGAAUGAGAAUAUGGAAGAUCAUAAGCUUCCUCUUCCUGCACAGGUUGAAAAGGAAACAGAAAGAGAGAUGUCUUUGUCAGAGAAGCUCCUCCACGAUGAACCAGAGGAGCAAGAUGAGAAUCAAACUCCCAACGAACAGGAUGAUGACGGCAUUCAAGAGACAGAAAUUGGUGAUGCUAAGAAAGAAGUUGAACAAGAAUUACCUGUCUCUCAUUUUCUGAUGAAUCUAAUCUUGGGAAAAGAGAACGGUGAUGCAAAUGGAAAUUCAGAAUCUGAGGCUGAAAGGAAGCAAGAAGAAACCACAGAAGACAACAGCUGCUUGAUCAUUUCUAGACAAGACGAAAGCUUGGUGUCACUUCCUACAGAAAAUAAGGUGGAUGACAAGUUCACCUUCAAGCAAGAAAAACAUGAUGUCAAAUGCUCUGAAGAAAAACAGGAAAUGGUCAAAGAACAAAGUCAUGACCUCAAGCUGGACACUGAAAGAUCAAUAGAAACUGAUGAGGAGCUCAAUAAGAACACUCGUGAUUUGGAAACACCAGCAUACCAAGACAAUUCCCAGGAUGAAAUUUCUGGUGAAAUGUUUUCAGAAGAAGCAGCUAGCAUAGCUACAAAAAUGGAAACUAGAGAUAUUGAGAUUUCAAACAUUGAGCUGGAUGACAGUGUAGUUGAUACUAUCUGUCAGGAAAACAGUGAGGCAUCAACAACAGUUGAAAAUGGAAGUUCGACGAACAACCUAAAUAACUUAACAAACACAAAGGCUUCUGAAGAGGAUACUCUAGGGGAAGGACAAACAGGACUCUUACGUGAAUUUUUACCUAAAGAAAUAAGUGCUGAUGCAGUGUCUGAGCAAGCACUCUUGCUGACAGAAUCGGGUAUGACUGAUGCAAAAGAUUUGCCUAGCGACGCUGAGAGUAUUCGGAACCCUGUCUGUGCAAAACAAGACGAGCCCACUGAAUCUUCCAACAUUGAGGCCACAAGUACUCCUGAUAUUCAACUGGAAAGUGAAGAAGUAGAUAAGAAAGAAGAGAAGCAGCAUGCAAGCACAGCCACAUGUGAAGUUUCUAAAGAACAUGUAGAAAGUUUACAUGACAGUCUGCAGAAAAGCACAAGCUCCGAAGCAACAUCUGAUGAGAAGGAACCUCAAAUCACCAAACCAGUUAGUGACACUGAGAUGACUUUGGCUUGUGAAAAGGAAAUUUCUGAAGGCUCAACAUGCAUGAAUGAGAAAGAAAAAUCUAACUUCUCAAUUGAAGGACAGGAAAACUUUCAAACAGAAGUUGAAGCUCAGGCUAAUGGUCCAAAAAUACAGAUCAACCAUGAUAAGCAAGAUGAAGCUGCUGAAAACGAAACUGCAAUGGAGCCAGAAAGACUAGGGGAAUCUAAUUUUCAGGAGCACCAGGAAAGUGGUACAGAGCAAAAAUCUCCUAAAGAGAGUGAUGAAGGAGACCAGCAAUUUUUGGUCAAAAAAGAGACUAUGAUCAAACAAGAGGAUGUGCAUGAAACAGUUGAAAGCCAUACGCAAACACUGAGCAUAACAUCCAAUGAAGAGCAAGAAAUGUUGGAAUCAAAGGUCCAGGAACGUGAUCUCAACAUGAUUUCACCCAAAGAAGCUCCUGAUGCUGAAGAAAAGUUUGUGGACAUAACAAAGCCAGAAUUCAGCACAGAUGAAGCAAUGAAAACUGAAGCACGAGGAGCAGGACAGAAGGUGGCACAUAAAAAACAUAACCUAUUGUCUGGUGUUGGAUCAAAGGUAAAGCACCAACUAGCAAAAGUGAAGAAAGCCAUCAUAGGUAAGCCUGGGCAGACAAAACCAGAAUCACUGAAAUCAUAAAACAGAAUUCACCUUAGAGAGUGUAUAUUAUUGUACUAUUUGUACUUUUGUAAGCUAUUUAUUUGAGUGGUAGAAUGCUGCGAUGGGAUUAGUAAAGGUCCUCUUCACAACCAUCACAUUGAAAUGCUGUGAUGCUGAAGACAUUUGUAAAUAUAGCUAGUGUGUAAAUCCAAGUUUCCAUGAAAUUUGGUGAUUGUUUUGUAAAACUUUGAGGUAGAAUCAAGGGCAUGGACUUGGCAGAUUGCUUGUAUUCUUUAUUGAUAUGUUACAUAUGUA